AUACCAUUAAAUGUACCCUUAAAGUUGCCAUUAAAGCUAUCACAAUUUAUUAAAAUCCCACAAACUAGUGCAAACAAUUCUGCUUAAAAAAGAAAGAAAAAAUAUUUCAAUCUGUAAAAUCUUUGGUCCGUUUUACGCAUUUUACUUUAAGAAUUAGCGGCAGCAAGUGCAAUAUUUCCAAUCUUGCUGAGUAGCCGUAUCUGCGCCAUUUUGAUUUAACACAGCCAAUCAGAUUUACGGAAGAGAUCAGAGAAUGAAUUGUAUAGCCUACCCUUGCUCAAUUUGGAUUAAGAUGCUGAUCAUACGGAAAGCAAUGUUGCGCUUCGCUUGACGUGCAUCCCAUUAUUCAGUUAGCUGGCAGUUUGACAUUUUGUCAGCGGGAGAGGAAAUUCUAGGUAUUGUAUUCGAGCAAUUGCGUUAUCUUUUACCCCUUUGAGCUACAAAGCCUUGUAGACCGUAAAUGAUCUUUCGAUUUAUUUUUGUCAACUGGAUUUCUCGUAGUAAGCCACCUUAAAACAACUAAUAUUCGGCCGUGUUAUUGUAUACGUCCUCUCGGUCUUUUUGCAUCUGUUUAUGUGGAUGCAGCUGUGAGGGGAGUGGAUUUCUGUUGUUGCCCGAUCUAAUCCCCUUCCCCCAAUCGCACAGAGCAGUAGUACACAGCUGUGUACAUCCUUUUUUACCGUUAUGGCAAAUGAAUCUCUUGCAAAUGGGGGAGGAACAAGUCAUUCCAAAAACACGAACCUUACCUCUUCGAUGGAACUGAGUACAUCCUUAGACCAAAGUGUUCAAACCCGAAUAUUCAAAAUUAUUGUGAUCGGAGACUCUAAUGUGGGGAAAACCUGCUUAACCUUCCGCUUCACCGGUGGGAGCUUUCCGGAGAAGACAGAGGCGACUAUCGGUGUGGAUUUCAGGGAGAAAGCUGUGGAGAUCGAGGGCGAAAAAAUCAAGGUUCAAGUGUGGGACACAGCUGGACAGGAGCGGUUCCGGAAAAGCAUGGUAGAGCACUACUACCGCAACGUGCAUGCUGUGGUCUUCGUCUAUGAUGUCACCAAGAUGGCCUCCUUCCAGAAUCUGAAAACCUGGAUCCAGGAGUGCAACGGGCAUCGCGUAUCGCCUGCUGUGCCCCGGGUCUUGGUGGGCAAUAAGUGUGACCUUGUCGACCAGAUCCAGGUUCCCUCCAACAUGGCGCUCAAGUUUGCUGACGCCCACAACAUGCUGCUGUUUGAGACCUCAGCCAAGGACCCCAAGGAGAGCCAAAAUGUUGACUCCAUUUUUAUGUGCCUGGCCUGUAGGCUGAAAGCCCAGAAGUCCUUGCUCUACAGGGAUGUUGAGAGAGAGGAUGGCAGAGUGAGGCUCUCCCAAGAGCCGAGUACCAAAAACACCUGCCCAUGCUAAGGGCAAUCCCAUGAUCCUCUUCUGUAACUCCCUGCCAUUCUCUUCCCUUAGACUAGUGUCAAAUUUCCACAUAAUACAGAAGAGGUAAAAGAAGAUAUCAGCAUAUCUGUCUGCUAUGAACAAAUGUGCCUGCAGUUAUUUACGUUUUUCUUGGUGAAAAUUCAUAAUCCUGCCCUUGCCUCUCUGCCUCUUUGUCUCUUUCUCUCUUUCCUCUUGAAUUCUUUUUCUCUUGAAUUACAAUCUGAAUCCUCUCCUUUUCCAAAGUAACAACUAACAAGAUCAUACUGCCUUUUAUCUCGCUAAUGGCCUUCAGACAAGAAGAGACACUGCCUGACUGCAACUUUUUUUUAAGGACUGAGACAUUAUUGGUUGGGCUACUUUAUUGCGUUCAGUAUUGCCAACUCUUGAGAUUUUAUUGCAUGUCACAAUUUUUAAUUAACAUCAAACUAGUUGUGAUCUCAUAAUAUAACUUUUAAAGAUCAGUAUUGUAAAAUAAGUGGUUCAAUGGUUCAGUGGUUUGAGAGUUGAGUAGUGCACCAGAGCAAGAGCCUUCACUUCAAUGAGAAUGUUCAAUCAUGAGUGUAAGACUAGAUACAUGGCACAGGUGAUAUAUUCAGUGGUAUAUGGUCCUUGCACAUAUCAGCCUCUUGAUACCCAAGGAAAGAUAAAAUGUUACAUGUAGAUUGGUUCACACUUUAGGUAGCCCUUAUUAGGUAGCUCUCUGGAUGAAAUAAUGCAUACAUGAGGGGUUUUUGGCAAGUAUACAUUAGCCUACAGGUCGCUAUUUGAACAAAAAACAACUAGAACAAGCAAAACAACUGUAUUUGUAUUUAAUUACAAAUAAUUGUGAAAUAACAGCUAUUUUAUCACCUUACAUCUGUGGAGCAUCUAUAAAUGUUUGUGGUUAAAAACGUUUCCAUUUAAUUUGCCCCACUCCCAUAUAUUCUUAGAUUGUGGUCUUAAUAAAAUUCAUCAGAACAGUUAGCA